CCGCGGGAGAGAGGGGAGGAGAAAGCAGAGAAGAGUGGGGGCCGGCGGCCGAGGGAGAAGGGAAGGGACGCCGGGAGCAGACGCGCGGGGACUCGGCGAGGGUGCGUCCGGAGCAGCGACAACUCCGGGAGUCCCAACCAGGGAAGCGAGGAGGAUGGUGGCGGCGGGACGCGGGCCAGCCCGGCCGCGGGCGCCGUGAGCCGGAGCGCAGCGCCCGGCAUGCGGCUGCGGUCCCCGGCCUCGGCCCCGCUCCGUCCCCCGCCGCGCGCCCCCGCCGAGCGGCGCGCACCAUGCCGCGGGUGCCCGCGACCCUCUACGCCUGUCUGCUCGGGCUCUGCGCGCUCGUGCCGCGCCUCGCAGGGCUCAACAUAUGCACCAGUGGAAGUGCCACCUCAUGUGAAGAAUGCCUAUUGAUCCACCCAAAAUGUGCCUGGUGCUCCAAAGAGUACUUUGGCAACCCACGGUCCAUCACCUCUCGGUGUGACCUGAAGGCAAACCUCAUCCAUAAUGGCUGUGAAGAUGAGAUUGAGAGCCCAGCCAGCAGCACCCGCAUCCUUCGGAACCUACCUCUCAGCAGCAAGGGUUCCAGUGCCACGGGCGCUGAUGUCAUCCAGAUGACGCCGCAGGAGAUUGCCGUGAGCCUCCGGCCAGGUGAUCAGACUACCUUCCAGCUGCAGGUACGCCAGGUGGAGGACUAUCCUGUAGACCUGUACUACCUGAUGGACCUCUCCCUCUCCAUGAAGGAUGACUUGGACAACAUUCGGAACCUGGGCACCAAGCUUGCUGAGGAAAUGAGGAAGCUCACUAGUAACUUCCGGUUAGGUUUCGGGUCUUUUGUAGACAAGGACAUCUCUCCUUUCUCCUACACGGCACCGAGAUACCAGACCAAUCCAUGUAUUGGUUACAAGUUAUUCCCCAACUGUGUCCCCUCCUUCGGAUUCCGCCAUCUUCUGCCUCUCACAGACAGAGUCGACAGUUUUAACGAGGAAGUGAGGAAGCAGAGAGUGUCCAGGAACCGAGAUGCCCCCGAGGGAGGCUUUGAUGCUGUCCUCCAGGCAGCUGUCUGCAAGGAGAAGAUCGGAUGGCGAAAAGAUGCAUUGCAUUUGCUGGUAUUCACAACAGAUGACGUGCCCCACAUCGCACUGGAUGGAAAACUGGGUGGCCUGGUCCAGCCACACGAUGGCCAGUGUCACCUGAAUGAAGCCAACGAGUACACUGCGUCCAACCAGAUGGACUACCCUUCGCUUGCCUUGCUUGGGGAGAAGCUGGCAGAGAACAAUAUCAACCUGAUCUUUGCAGUGACGAAGAACCACUAUAUGCUCUACAAGAAUUUUACAGCCCUGAUCCCUGGAACCACUGUGGAGAUUUUGCAUGGAGAUUCCAAAAAUAUUAUUCAACUGAUUAUCAAUGCAUACAAUAGUAUUCGGGCUAAAGUGGAACUGUCUGUGUGGGAUCAGCCAGAAGACCUUAAUCUCUUCUUCACUGCUACCUGCCAAGAUGGUGUAUCCUACCCUGGUCAGAGGAAGUGUGAGGGUCUGAAGAUCGGGGACACGGCAUCCUUUGAAGUGUCUGUGGAGGCUCGGAGCUGCCCUGACCGACAUACCACACAGUCUUUCACCUUGAGGCCUGUGGGCUUCCGGGACAGUCUGCAGGUGGAAGUCGCCUACAACUGCACAUGUGGCUGUAGCACCGGGCUGGAGCCCAACAGUGCCAGGUGCAGUGGGAAUGGAACAUACAUCUGUGGUCUGUGCGAGUGUGACCCCAGUUACCUGGGCACUAGGUGUGAGUGCCAGGAGGGAGAGAACCAAAGUGGGUACCAGAACCUGUGCCGGGAGGCCGAAGGCAAGCCUCUGUGCAGCGGACGUGGGGAAUGUAGUUGCAACCAGUGCUCCUGCUUCGAGAGUGAGUUCGGGAGGAUCUACGGGCCCUUCUGUGAGUGCGACAGCUUUUCCUGCGCCAGGAACAAGGGUGUCCUAUGCUCAGGCCACGGCGAGUGUCACUGUGGAGAAUGCAAGUGCCACGCAGGUUACAUUGGGGACAAUUGUAACUGUUCAACGGACAUCAGCACAUGCAGGGCCAAGGAUGGACAGAUCUGCAGCGACCGAGGCCGUUGUGUCUGUGGGCAGUGCCAGUGCACAGAGCCCGGAGCCUUUGGGGAGACAUGUGAGAAGUGCCCAACCUGUCCUGAUGCUUGCAGCUCCAAGAGAGACUGUGUAGAAUGCUCUCUGCUUCACCAAGGGAAACCUGACAACCAGACCUGUCACCACCAGUGCAGAGAUGAGGUGAUCACGUGGGUAGACACCAUCGUCAAAGAUGACCAAGAGGCUGUGCUUUGCUUCUACAAAACUGCUAAGGACUGCGUUAUGAUGUUCAGCUACACAGAACUGCCCAAUGGGAGGUCCAACUUGACGGUCCUCAGGGAACCAGAGUGUGGAAGUGCCCCCAAUGCCAUGACUAUCCUCCUGGCUGUGGUUGGCAGCAUCCUCCUGAUUGGGGUGGCACUCCUGGCCAUCUGGAAGCUGCUUGUCACCAUCCAUGACCGCCGAGAGUUUGCUAAGUUCCAAAGCGAGCGAUCCAGGGCCCGUUAUGAAAUGGCCUCAAACCCCCUGUACAGAAAGCCCAUCUCCACACACACUGUGGAUUUUGCCUUCAACAAGUUCAACAAAUCCUACAAUGGCUCAGUGGAUUGAGGCUCCUGCAUGGCUGGAGGGGGACUAAGGACAAAGACUUGUGUGUCUUGGACUACUUGGACCAUUUGCUCACGCUAGCUAGGCACGCACCGAGAUGCCCUCCAAUGGGCCGUAAGGGACCCGCUACUCAAACAGCAGGCCACAGGCACGUGGGGCCACGUCCCUCUACGCCAGGGAGAGCAAGGAGACUCUGGUGUUCUAGGCUUCCCCACUGCCUCCAGCUUGCUGUGUCCAUGAACUGCUGAAGGCUGGGCUGCCCCUCCCUUUCCUGCUGGACCAGGCAAGAAGGUAUCUGGAAGACUCUUCGUGUACAAAGCUAGCGUGCAGCCUGGCCUUUUCGGGUUGAUCAUUUUUUUUUCUAUGAAAUAAAAAGGUCACGCAUUUAUGGUGUAGAUCUGAUUACUGGUUCCCUGAGGGCUGUCUGCCUGGCAUCUGUGGGUGUCGGUAGUAGAAUCCGGGAGUCGUCUAUUGAAAGUACAUGCCUUGCAAAUGUUAGGUUUUGCCCUCUUGGCUAUGUUUGUUUAGUGCUUUUGUAAUGAAAAGGAAAGUUUGGGAUUGAAAGUAAAGAUGGAAACCAAGCAA